AUGGCACAAAACAUAGUGGAUCAGGCACUUUCAGUAUUGAAAGAGGGAAAUUAUACGGUGAGGGCAGCAACAAAAUUAAUAUUCUUUUACGAUAUAUUUGACACUGACUUUGAUAAUUUUUAUAAGAUUAAAUUAUGUAAUGGUUGCGAUAAAAAUAAGUAUUUGUUUGAUUCCCUUAGAAAAACCAUCAAACAAAUAAUAGAAGAAUGGGAAAGCUUAUUAGAUUUUUUUAGAUGUGAGACUGCGGGUGAUGAAAAUACUUGUUGUCUUAAUUUUAUUUAUUGGAUUUAUGGUAAAAUUAAGGAUAGUAAUUUAAAUGUCGAUUAUAUUAAGGAAAUUUACAAUAAUUUAGAUGAGUUUGUCAAACAAAAUUGCUUUGGUUAUGAUGCGGAAAAACCUGAAAAAUUCUUUAAAAAAUACGUAAAAGCAUAUGAUAAAAAAGUGUUAAAACGUAAGAAAGAAUUAUAUGAUUUUGUACAGUUUUAUGAAAGAGUAAAAUCUAAAUUAGAUGCUGUACACUCAAAAAGGAAGGUCAUGUGCGACUACAUAAGUUACAUUUUUAAAAUGUACGAAGAAAUGAGACGUGAUUGCAGUUCAAUAAAAUCUGAAUGGUAUGAAGAUGAAAUGAAAAAUUUUAUAGAAAUGUUAAAGAAAAAUAAUGAGUUAACUUUAUUAGAAAGUAAAUGUGGUGAUAUUACUAAAGGAUUAAUAUUAGACGACAACAUUGAAGCCUUGUGUCCCUCAAACAAUGAGUCAGCUGCAAGCAAAAAGGGACAAAUACUUAAAUCACCUCAAGAGGAAGAAAAGUUUAAUUUAUCUGCAGUCCCUAAAGUAAAUAUGCAGAGUGAUGUUUCAAAUCAGUUACCUUCAAAAAAAAUAUGUGAAGAAAUGGAUAAAAAUAACAAUCCUGACCUUAACAUUACUGAUUGUAAUGUGUUUAAAGAUCAAAUAGGUAAAUCGCUUUGUGCACAUACCAUAAAAAAUUUUAAAAAAAUUAACAAAAUAGAAGAUCGAGAACAGCACAAUGAUUACUGUUUACAUUUUAUGUAUUGGUUAUAUGGUAAAAUAGGGGAAAAUUAUAUAAAUAAAUCCAGUAACAUUCUCGAAGAUCCAGAAAUUAGUAAAUUUGUGCAUUUAAUAGUUUCUCUUAAUAAUAAAUCAAGUAAAUAUUACUGCUACUAUAAUUCUGAGAACAAUUUAGAGGAAUGGAAAGAAAUAAUUGAUUUAAUAGAUUAUUUUAAAAUUCACAAUAAUAUUGAUAAUACAAAAUCUUGCGAUGACAAUGCAUGUGCAAAGAAUUGUGAAUACUUUAGUAAUAUUAGCAAUCUGUACAAAAGGCAUAAAAGGCAAUGUUGCACUUACUUUUAUUACGGUGAUCAUUUUAAUAACUGCACGCAUUAUUUUAAAUGCGAUGAUAAGUACAGUCCAGAUAGCAUGUUGACGAGGUUAAAGUGUCCUGUUAAUGAGAAUGAAAAAGACAUAAAUGAAGAGGACGAAGUUGUAGGUUUCGAUCAAAAUGUUAUACUACAAAGUUUAGAUUCAUUAAAAAGGUUUAAUCAAUCGAAAAAUAUAUGUGACGGAAUAAUGUGCGACACCUUCUCUAAGUUUGCAUUUUUAGCCUUUUCAUUUCUAGGAGUAUUAGUCACAUUUUUCGUUUUUUAUAAAUUUACGCCCCUUGGAAUAUGGCUAAAUAGGAAAGGAUUUAAAAAAAACAAGGCUCGGUAUGACUAUUAUGAAGAAAGUCCGCAGCAAUUAUUAGAAAAUAAUUCAAAACCGGUACAGAGGAAUAUGCAGAAUGGCAGAAUUCGUAUAGCCUAUCAAUCUUGA